AGUACUCUCACUUUCAGUAACAGCAGUAUAACUACACCCUUGAAUCCCCCUUCCACUUUCAUCCUCUACUCAUCAACCUUUCCCUCUACCCCCGACAACUUUCUCUCUUCCCAAUCCCUCGAUUAACACCAUUUCCACAAUCACACAUCAUGAUGAACCGAACACCCAGAGUUGCAACCCGCUGCGUUAGACAGCAACGCACCGUCCAGCUGAAGAACCGGUACCCCAAUGCACGAUUCCAGUCGACCUCCUCUGGUACCUCCAAUGGGUCCAACUCGAGCAGCAACCCUGCCCUCGUCGGAGGACUGGCCGGUGGUGCCGCCGCCUUCGUGGCCGGAUACGCCUGGUACCACUUCUCCGGCGCCCGCACCGUGGUCAAGACCGUCAAGCAAACCCAGAACUACGCCGACCAGGUGAAGCAAGGCAUCAUCCAGAAUGCUCCGGAGCCCGACAAGGCGCUUGAAUGGCUCCGUGAGACCGCGAAGAGCUACGCCGCCUUCAUCCCCGGUGCGCGCAAAUACAUUGACACCCUGUUCGACGACCUGGAGAAGAUCAAGCAGAAGCACGGCAGCGAGUUCGAUUCGAUAGUCCGCGAUGCCUACUCAGAGAUCAAGGGAUUGACCAAGAAGGGCGGCUCCAACGCGGACACCGCCUUUGAGGCCCUGCGCGUGCUGCAAAAACACCUCGGUCGCUUGGUCGAUCUGUCCGGCGAUGCGGCGGAGGACAUCCUCGACAACCACCCCUGGCUGCAGGAGAAGGUCGGCGGCAGCUGGGAACAGCUGAAGCAGAUGGGCGAGGCAUACGGACCGCAGGCCAAGGAGGAGGUCAACAAGACCUGGGAGCAAGUGGCGGGCAUCGUCAAGGAAGGCGUCAGUGUGCAGUCGGUGGAGAAGGUUCGCCAAUUGAUCCAGGAGAAGAAGGACAAGCUGCAGAAGGUGGGCGACGAGAUGUGGCAGAAGGGGAUGGACGAGAGCAAGCAGUAUCUGGACAAGAACCCCCAGCUGAAGGAGCUGGUUGAGAACAAUGCCGAUGCACUAAAGCAGGGCAACUUCGGCGAGCUCUGGGGACUGAUCAAGGACUCGGCCUCGUCGGGCAAGACGGAGCAGGUGGAGAAGUUCGUCAAGGAGAAGGUCGAUCAGGCCAAGAACAACAGCUCCUUCGAUCUGGACAAGUGGACCAAGAUGGUGCCUGGCGGAUCGGACAUCCUAAACCAGUUGCAGUCGAUCCGAACAGUCACGGAGAAGAAGGGCAAAGAGGCCGAGGGCGUGCUCAAGGAGACGGUGGAAGAGCUGCAACAAGUGCUCAAGAAGCGCAAGGAACAGGUUGAGCAAUUGGCCAGUGAGGCCAAGGAGGAGAGCAAGUAAAGAGCUUUGUGCAUCAUUCUUCGCUGUAAUUUAGAGCCCUGUAUACCAUCAUACCCAAUACCAUUGUUUCAUGAAUCAUGAAUGAUUUGUGAUAAUCAAAGAU